GUUCUUUCUCUCUCUUUUGGGUUGUUUCGUACAUUGAAUAUUAUUGUCGUCUUUAAUCUCUGUCUCUCUCUUUCUGUUUCCAUUCAUUUUUAUUUCUUCCUCUCAAAUCCUUCACCAAAGGCUCUCUCUCUUCCUCCCAUUUCUGCAACAUCUUGGGUUUGGUUUUCUCGCCUCGCCUCUUUCUCUCUUCUUUUGUUUAUUCUCUCUCUCCUGAAAGCGUGAACUUAAAAACAGCUUUGUUUGAUAACCUUGGCUGGGCUAGUUCUUUGUUUCCUGGCCCAGGUUUCUCGUAUAGAUCCAUCUGCUGGGUGUACCAAAAGUGUACUUGGCUUACCGUCUCUGUUGGAGAUUUCUUCAAGAUUUUUACUUGUAACAAAGUUGUUAUUAGACUAAUGCAAGGGCAGAGGGGUAAACUUGGUGAUUUUCCUAAAACCUUGGAAAUUUGAUUGUGGAUUACUCCUGGUAAUGCUUCCAAAGGUCAGCAUAUAUGCUGGAAUAAUAUGCGAAAUCCUGCUGGAAACUGAAUAGCAGACCAUAUACCAUCACCUGGGUUUAUCAAGGUUGUAUACCUAAAUUCCGUGAACUGUCAGCAGCAGAUGUCGAAUGGAUGGAGCUUAGGUGAGCCUAGUUCUAGCCAUUCCCAGAAUGAGGUCAGGUGUGAUGAGCAUAAAGCAGAAUUUGGAUGGUCACCUUCAGGAAGUGCUUGUCCUGGGGCUGUUCCGAGGUUGGAAGAAUGGAACUGUGAACCAUCUAAUACAAAUGGAAACCCUCUGUUUGCACAAAGUUCCAAUUCUGAUGUGCAUGCUCAGAAUCUCAACUUAAACACGGAUCCAAUGGGUCAUGGUGGUGAUAAUAGUCAAGCCAUGGGAUGCCCUAACAUGCACAAGUCUAUCAGAUCUGAAAAUUGGUGCAUUCCACCUGCAAGUAGUUCUGAUCAUCAUGUACUUCCUUCCAGACCCGGUGGAGUUUUAGUCACCGAGAAUGAUGGUGGACCAGGCUGUUCAGUGGAGGGUCGCCGUGUCCCCUGUAAAAGAAAAGCUCUUGAAGCAAAUGCUGGACAGUCUUCUGUUUCAGGAAGUUCUAGCUACUUUCACCCUUCUGAAAAUAGUGCAUGGUCUGCUGUGCCUGCUCACUUUAGUUUGAGCAGCAGUUUAGGUGUAUCUGCCACACCAGAACAGGUGAACCCAAGAUUCGGGCUAGGCGCAAUGGAAGUAGCUUCUGAUUUCGUUCCUGAUAUAAGUUUGGCAGGAAGCUUCCACAGAAAUACCCGUUUAAGGACAAAUACUCCAAAUCAACGAGAUUCUAUUACCCCUACUUUAAUCUCUACAGAGAAUGCUGUUAGGCAUUCUAGUAUUUCAUCUUCCCUGCUGUCACCAAGACUUCUUCCAGUUGGUUAUUCUUUGGGCUUGCGGUCAACACCUGCUUCUGAUCGUAUGAUUCCUCAAAGUCAACCAGUUUUGGUCCAUGUUCCUACAUUGCCGCGAAACGUGCAAGGUUACAGAUGGAAUGGAGGACCUAGCUUGGGAGCUGGCAAUAUCACAAGCUCUAUGGUUUCCGGAGAUAGAGCUUCUGUGCUGUAUGAAGAAAUGGGCUCAAGAAGGAUGACAAGAAACCUUUUGGAACAUCCUGUGCUUAUGCCUGCUAUUGAACUGAGAAACUUGGUUCGAAAUCCAGCAAAUAGGGGUUCAACUAGUGGAAAUGCAAGUAGUCCUGGAAAUGUUGCCUCUACAUCUCGAACUGUUCCCAGUUCAGGUGUCCAUCCAUCAUCUGCUCCUACUUUAGCUCCUCAACAUAGUCCUCCACAAUUCCAACGAAGAUUUUCUGAAUAUGUUCGCCGGUCAUUGAUGUCUUCUACUGGUUCUGAAUCCGGAGGCCAGAGGAGUAAUUAUUCCCCACUGGGUUCAGGUCCUGUUCCAUCACAAGAAAUUGGUUUUUCAUCUGGACCUGGUAACCCGGGCCAUGCUCAGUCACACCCAAGGUCAGCAUUGUGGGUAGAGAGACAAGGUGAUGGUGGUCUUGGAAUCCCCUAUUUAUUGCGAACGUCUGCUGCAGCCAAUGAAGGAAGUAGCAGACUUGUAUCCGAGAUUCGCAAUGUCUUGGGUCUCAUGCGUAGGGGCGAGAGCUUGCGACUUGAGGAUGUUAUGAUCCUUGAUCAGUCUGUGUUUUUGGGGGUGGCUGAUAUUCAUGAUCGGUAUAGGGAUAUGCGACUAGACGUUGACAACAUGUCUUAUGAGGAGUUAUUGGCUCUGGAAGAGCGUAUUGGUAAUGUUAGCACUGGAUUGAGUGAAGAAACAAUUUUAAACCGUCUGAGACAGCGGAAAUGUUCAAUUGCAGUAGGGUCUCAGCUUGAUGCAGAACCAUGCUGUAUCUGUCAGGAGGAAUACAAUGAGGGAGAUGAUCUUGGAACUCUGGAAUGCGGCCAUAAUUUUCAUACUGACUGUAUAAAACAAUGGCUGAUGACAAAGAAUUUGUGCCCCGUUUGUAAAACAACAGCCCUGACGAAAUGAGAGGGAUGCACAGAGCUGGAACGGGUGGUCCAAAACCAGUGAGUUUCCAUCAUAACAUAUUAAUGACUUGGUGCUUAGGAUGCUAAGAGCUUAGGUCAUGAGUGGAUUCUCAUCUAUCAUUAGAUUCAAUCCUCUCAACCCUGUUUAUGCUCAACAAGUCUUGUUCAGAGUAUGUUCCUCCCUGCCAUGAUACCUUUUCUCCUUAUUGUGAGUUGUCUGAAUCCGUUAUAGGAAGGGAAGUUGAGCAAAAAAGUAGAGUAUCAACGAGUCAAGCAGAAAGUUUACAUGCCACUCCUGAAAAAGGGUAUUCCAAAAAAAGGAAAAUUCUUCAAAAAGAUGCUCUCUGCCUGCCUGUUUCAACAAAGGAUUCACACAGUAGCUUGGUUGGAGAGUCAAUAUUGGGAGCUAUGAACAAGGACAGCUCAAGUCGGUAACAUGAUGUACCAAGCAAUUUUCCAGAAAAAUAUAUAACAUUAGUCUAUUUUGGAGUUCUGAUUUCCAUGGUAUUUGCCAAUCUGGUUUCGAAAUGUGGAAACAUCCAUGCUAUCAUAAUAGUUGUCACUUAGCCAAUGGGCCUUCGGGCCGAAUGACACUGCUCCUGUCACCUGAUCCUUAGGUGCCAUGGGUCAUCAGUUGAUAAUAUUUACUAUUUAGAACCCCACCCCCCCAACUACUGCGGCUCUAGUAUUCUCUUGAAUAAAUUGUCUAGAGAAAAAUUCCAGUUCAAUUUUUGUGCCAAAUUGCCAAAGGAAUAAAUUUCAAAUGUUAAUGAAAUUACCAUUUCGUA